AUGGAAGAGAUUACUUUCAUCUGGUAUCGUCCGAAAGCACUAUCUGCAAUGUUAUUUUUGCUCAAUCGCUAUGUCGCUCUGCUCGGAAAUGUGUAUGGUUUAUUGAUCAAUUUCGUGCCUGUUCCAGAAGAGCUGUCCGAAAUAUUUGUUGUCCAGAGAACUCCUCCUUUUUGGUCAACAAUUCAUCGUUUGCCCAAGUGUCUGCUGAUUUGGAUGGUAGUGGUCGUUAUUGCUCUUGCAGGAGUAGCUUUUAGCACUAACGGUUUCAAGGCGGGAAUAUUUGGACAUUCUUCAAGCACUGUAAUCGUCAUGUCAGGAGUUAUCUGCUACGAAUCAGAUGUAAUAGUGACACCAGCCGGUCCUGGACUGGCAUGGGUGGCUCUAUUUGCCUACGAAUUAUUCAUCUUUGUCCUCACAUUAUCCAGGAUUUUCAAAAUUAGAGGAAUGCUGCGGUCACCGUAUCUGAUAAUGUCCAGGAAAAACACGGUUGACAUCAUAUUCCAAGAUGGUAAAAAUUUCGUUGUAUCUGUACCGGAAAUACUGAUCCAAGCGCACGCAGUGCGGUUCAGUGAGCACACAGCCGUAUUUUGUGACUAUUUCUUGACAGUUGGCAAGGAUAUCAACAAAUUCACUCUCGCCACAUUUACCAGUUGCAUAUCCGUGACUCUCGUAUCUCGCCUGACGCUUAACCUGCACAAAUCUAUCGACACUGGCAUUUUCACCACUCCUAUCCAGGAUGAUAACCACGAUUCCUAUAUCCUUACUACCAGGGUAUCUAUCCACGCCCAGACUUUGAUUUCCUACUAG